AGUUAACAGAUCAACAUAAUUGUUUUUAUACAGUCGCCCGAUACAUCUUUUACACAAUGAUGAUCAAAUACAUAGGUUUAUUUGCGUUGGUGGCUUUUUCUGCUGCUUUUGUUAUUCCUGAAGAUCAAUAUCAACAAUACCUGGUUGUAGAACAAUACGUACCUGAACAAUAUGAACUUGUAAAUGUUGAUCACCACGUUAGAAACAAAAGAUCUUUUGCUCCAGGUGGUACGCAAAUCGGGGGAAGUACAGAAAGUCCAUAUCCGUGGAGUGUAGGAGGUGGCGUUGAUAGAGUUGGAAAGGAUACUGUUGCCAGUAUCAAUGCUGGUCACAAAACUGAUCAAACUAAAAUAACUGGAGCUUGGAGUAAAGUUAUUAGAGGACCCAAUAGGUCUAAACCUAACUGGAGUAUUGGGGUUCAACGCAGAUGGUAGAAGAUAUCAACUUUUCGUAGUUAAAAAUCAUGUUAUUUAUUGUUCAAGAUAACUUAAAUAUUAUUGUAUUACCAUUAUAUUCAAUAAAAAGAGGCUGAAAUGAA